GUGGAAGCGACUAGUGUGGAUACAAGACAUCCCAAUCUGGGCUUUUGUGCUUCUCUUCUGCACCAUUUCUGGAAAUUAACAAUGAUUCAAACUCUUUUCACCAGAAAGAAACGCUCUGGAAUGGAGUUCAAAUGAAGUGAUUAAAGCCUGAGUUUCUCCUGUUAGGACAUCUGACUGGUUUGUGUCUACCUGAGGACUGAUCAUGAGAAGUUUGAGCCUCCUCACCUUUUUUCUCUGGAUGCGUCCACUCAUGGUUGUCGCCCGACAUCCAACAUGUAACUUCUUGCUGGAGGUGGAAAAAGAUCGGCUGGACUGUGUGAGGAAGCUGAAGGAAGAGGAAGCUGCCGGCGACGAUAAAGAGUCGGGAUGCAGAGGAACCUGGGACAACAUCGCGUGUUGGGACCGAGCUGAAUUUGGAGAGACGGUCACCAUCCCCUGUCCUCGAGCCCUCAAGUUGUUGUUCAGCAGAAAUGGUAACAUCAGCAGGAACUGCACAGCAGCCGGCUGGUCGGAGGUUUUCCCAAACAUCAGCAGCGUGUGUGGGCUGGACACGCGCCAGGAGAAGCUGGUCUUCUACGUGGUGGUUCAGACGUUGUACACACUGGGCCACAGUUUGUCUCUGAUCGCCCUGACGACGGGCAGCGCCAUCCUCUGUCUCUUCCGGAGGCUCCACUGCACCAGGAACUACAUCCACCUGAACCUCUUCAUCUCCUUCAUCCUGCGAGCCGUGGCCGUCCUCGUCAAAGACGCCAUCGUCUUCAACCGAAGCUCGCAGUGCUCCAACCAGCCGUCUCUGGUGGGAUGCAAAGCCAGUUUGGUGUUUUUCCAUUACUUCAUCAUGGCUAACUUCUUCUGGCUGCUGGUGGAGGGCCUCUACCUCCACACCCUGCUGGUGGUCAUCUUCUCUGAGAACCAGCACUUCAUUAUUUACAUGUUUAUCGGCUGGGGAAUCCCCACUGUGUUCGUCUCUGUGUGGGUAAUGACCAGGAUUUACCUGGAAGACACGGGAUGCUGGGAAAGGAACGACAAUCCCAUUCCCAACUGGGUGAUCAACGGCCCGAUUGUAGUCUCCAUUUUGGUCAACUUCGUCCAGUUCAUCAACAUCAUUCGGAUCUUGGUUCAGAAGCUGCGAUGUCCCGACAUCGGCGGCAACGACCAAUCACAGUACAGGCGUCUGGCCAAAUCCACGCUGCUCCUCAUCCCUCUGUUCGGGAUCCACUACGUCGUCUUCAUCGACGAAUCCAUCACUGAAGACUAUAAGAUAUUUUUCGACCUGGCUCUCGGGUCCUUCCAGGGUUUGGUUGUGGCCAUCCUGUACUGUUUCCUGAACAGUGAGGUUCAGGGGGAGCUGAAGAGGAAGUGGCGCAGCAUGUGUCUGAACUGCCACCUGAGCAGAGCUCGUCACUUCAGCAACACCUUCGCCUCCAGGAACGGGUCGGAGCAGAUGAUGCAGUUCCAGCGCAGCUCCAGAGCCCAGUCCAUCCUGCAGUCCGAGACUACGGUUCUGUGAGACCCGGCCGGGCGUUUCACACAAAGCAACACACACGCAGCCUCCGCGUUGACCUGGGUCAAACCGUUAUACACAUUCACACUGAGAAAGAGACGGGAAGAACCAGCAGCAGAGUUGCAGUUACUUCUGUAACAUUUUUUGACUACCGUAUUUUCCGCACUAUAAGGCGCAUAGAAUAGACGCUACGCUAGAGGCUGGAGUUACA